AUGCACGCGCUCAAAGUUGUCUUCGUCGCUGCAAUCCUGCUGGUAGUCGACGCAGUCUCCAUCGACCAUGACAAGGUUCAACCGUUCGCCCAGCGCGAGCCCGUGACUCUUUCGGAGAAGCUUGGUGUCAAGUACAAACCUACAAUGGACGAUCAAGAAGGCUGCGCGGUUUUCCCUGCUGUGAACGCGGCCGGGGAGACGAAUGGCGGGCUGAAGGGCUCCGGGGGGACUACUGGCUGUCGCGAAGCACCUCUGGGAGCGCAAGUGUACGGCCGAUCGAUGUGGUAUGAAGGAAAGUACGCCAUUUUGUACGCAUGGUAUUUCCCGAAUGGCUUCUCCGCGGACUGGCCAGUGAGGCGCCACGACUGGGCGAGCGCGGUGGUCUGGCUGGACGACCCCGAGGCUGCGUCACCAACAGUCUCAGGGCUUUCGUACUCAACGUCGGACACCAAGUACGAUAAAGAGGCACCGCCAAGUGGCGACAACGCUUGCCUCGCAUCAGUUAACGGUGGACCGUACGUGACGAUGGUGCUGGAGCAUGCGAUCCCGUAUUUCCUGGGUCCCAUGUAUUUGCGCUGCAGUGGCGGCGGCGGGGAUUACGACCUCAUCAUGUGGGAGCAACUGACGGAUGCCGCCAGGAUGGCGCUGAAUACGGCGGACUUCGGGGAGGCAGAAGUUCCGUUUAAUGACGUCAACUUCGAGAAGAGGCUCAAGAAAGCGUGGCCGUAUUAG